CUGAUAACAUUUGAGAAGAACAAUGUGUGGUGUUGCACGUUUAUAAAAACCGGUGGGAUCCACAUUUGCCAGCGCUUUUUCCCCUUUUCUUGACGUUGAAACAACCAAAGAUAUUUGUGCAAUAGACUAGAGAUAUUUGUGACUUCCAACUCCAUAUCUCUGUUACUCACUGCUAUCAGUUUUGUUAAACACAUAUUUUCCGAUGGACUUGUCUACUGUCCUCCCCUUUUCCCGGCCAUCUUUUUCCACGUCAACAACCCAAGCUCAACCGUUUAAGCCAUGGAAUCAGAGAAGUUCACUGCCCACACGAUCUCUGUGUCACAAGAUGUAUGUCCCCGGAUAUGGAGUAUCGCCUGAAAAGAGAGCAGCAAAUCACCUUCACGAUUUCUUCAAUUUCAUUGCUGUUAAAAUCGUGGUUGCCCAGCUUCAGAGGUACAACCGUGAGGCAUACCAGGAGCUGAUGGAGUUCCUGGAGAGAAACUCUUUGAAUGAUGGGGACAAGUUCUGUGAAAAGCUGAUGCGAGAAUCACCACGACACAAAAAAUUAGCUUUACGCAUAAUGGAGGUUCGAUCAGCAUACUGUAAGGAUGAUUUUGAAUGGGAACACCUGCAGAGCCUAUCCUCUAAGAUGAUGAAUGAAUAUAAUACAAGACUUAUGAGGGACUACGUAUUGGAAACUAGCUGCUUGGAGCAAGGAAAGUGAGUCAGAAAGUUAUGUGGCUCUGUAUUUGUGUUUUACUGUCAUAUAAUUACUGAUAGGAAGGAAAGAUACAGGUUUUUCUGUUACAACAAUACAACACUGCUGUAAAUAAGAUGGCCAUAGGAUCUUACAUUCAUUUUUGAGUUCUA